AUGGAUUUUAGAGAGUCUGUUGAUGUGUUUUGCAUUGGACUGAAAUAUUCUAGGGUAAUCUCCGAACGUCAACAAAAGCGAGUCUGACCACAGCAGUCGACAACGACAACUGACGCCUACGGGAUCAGUGUCGGAGCAUGCGUGUGAAAAGCCUGUUCGAUGAAUGAUUGGCCCGUAAAGCUGCUUCGAAAACAAAUUAUGCAAGGACCAAUCGAUUGAUAAUGCAAGCAUCAAGCUGUGAUUGAACUCAAAAACACAGAUGCAGACGGCCCAGUCAACAGCGUUGGGGCAAAUAAUCAUUUACCAUCAAUCUAGUCUGGAUAGUCUCGUCAAAGAAACCACUACAAUCUCGGAAGCAAAAUAUUUUACGAGGUAUAGGGAAACAGCAAAUUCUUACCCGACAUUGAUGUUAUGGACAAUCUUUCGAUGUUUAGUCAGAGCGCUUCUGUUGGUCAUCCGACCGUAGCUGACUUCAUCGAGCCCGGUAAAGAUUCUCCAUAUGUUGGCAAUUCGUUCAUGGAGCCCAGCCACGGUAUGCUCGCGCGAACAGCCUUCAGCUUGGCUCACAGAAUUCCCGAACCUAUCGCCGACACCAAGGCAGUGUUUAGCUCUCAAACCACCGGCUAUCCAUUUACCCCACACACCAGUCAAGUGAGAGCUGCGUGUGCCGCUCAAAAUCUGAGUAACAGAGAUUACCCGCUUCAUCGUCAAGACCAUCUGCCCAGUUCUAGCUCUUUAGCUCACGGUCCCCACGGACAUCCUCUCUACGAUCCUGUAGCACCGGGAACGGGUAGAUUUCCUCAAUGCCAAGGUCCUUCGAUACAUUCCAAUUUCAGCCCUCUGGCACUGCAUCAGGCAAGACCAGACGUUAAACGACACAACUUCUAUCCAACAAUGAACGGUCCGCCAGAUCCUGAGACUUCUCAAAGGCCAGCCUUCGCUUUUCCACCGCCAGGCGACAUGUACUCGCGAGUAGACAUGUACUCGCAGUCACCGUACAGUUACGACCAUCACCGCCCUCUCAAUUAUGCUCAGGUUCACUUCACUCAAUUCAUGAGCCAGCCACCUAACAAAAUCAUGACUUGUGAAUGGAUUGAUCCUCAAAACUACCCCAAGAACAAGAUCUGUGGCAAGCAAUACACCAGUAUCCAUGAAAUAGUAAGGCAUAUUAAUGACGAACAUGUUAGCCAAAACGACUCUCCACUACAUGUUUGCUUUUGGAGAAACUGUGGACGUAACGGACUUCCGUUUAAAGCUAAGUACAAGCUGGUAAACCACAUCAGAGUGCAUACGGGAGAAAAGCCAUUCCCUUGUCCUUUCCCUGGAUGUGGCAAGCUUUUCGCAAGGUCUGAGAAUUUGAAAAUUCACAAACGAACUCAUACUGGCGAAAAGCCUUUUGUAUGCGAGUUCCCCGGGUGCGAUCGCCGUUUCGCCAACUCAAGCGAUAGGAAAAAGCACUCCCAUGUCCAUACGUCAGAUAAGCCAUACAACUGUAAAUAUCAAGGCUGCAACAAAAGCUAUACACAUCCAAGCUCUCUUCGUAAACACAUGAAGUUGCACGGAAUAUCGCCUUCACCGCCGCCAUUAAUCGACUCAAGCGGACAAGACAGGAGUCAUUUAAGUACCCCCUCACCGCCGGAACACAUUCGUCUCUCGAUCAGUUCGUCAAAUAGCCAAAGCUGCUCGAGUUCACAAAGCGAACGUGAAGUCAACACCAACUGGUACUCGUGUUAG